CUCUCUCUCUCUCUCCACACAACCUACCCAGCCCUUCCAACAACGCCACCCAAAACAGUUUUCCCUUAGUUUUCAGCAACAGAAAACAACGAUCGCAUAACCGAAGCGAAAUAAACAGUGCAAAUUUCUGACCUAUUCAUCUAACCUGUCACUUCGGAACCAAGGGAACCGCACACUUUGACUUAAGUGUCCCGAGUGUCCCUCAGCAACCAGUGAGUAAGGACUUUACGGUGUGUAAGUGAGUGCUGCCCAGUGUGGUGAGCCGCGAGUGUCCUCAGCAGCGGCCGCCACGCCAGUAUGUGUCUCCGUAACAACUUAGAGGAAGUGGUGGCUCCUCGCAGGAACCUCGGGGGAGCAGGAGGCAAAGCGGCCAAGAGUAGCAAAAACAGCGACAAGCGAAAGGAACAGAGUCGCAAUGCCGCACGUAACCGUCGCGGGAAGGAGAGUGAGAUCUUCGCCGAGCUGGCCUCGGUGCUGCCCCUCUCCCCGCAGACCCUCAGCCAGCUGGACAAGGCUUCCAUCAUGAGGCUCACCAUUGCCAAUCUGCAUCUUCGAUCCGUAUGCGAGACAGGACUCACCAAGCGAGUCAAGGGGAGCGGCGGGAGCAAACUAGACCUGGAGAUGGACGAGCACCACCUGAAGGCGCUGGACGGCUUCUUGCUGGUGGUGUCUACAGAUGGCCGCGUCAUCUACACAUCAGAGAACAUCGUCAGUUUCCUUGGCCACCACCAGGAGGAGGUGAUGGGCAGCUCGCUGUACCACUACACUAACAUGGUAGAUCACAGCGAAGUGGAGCAGCUCACCUCCUUCAAGAACCCCCACCACCCUCGCCGGGCCUUCCUUCGCCUCAAAUGUACCCUCACCAGCAAGGGCCGCUCCGUCAACUUCAAAAACGCCACCGACAAGGUGGUGCAGGUGAUCGGCGAGGUGGUGGGCGAGAGGGCUGAGAAGGCGUGGCUGGUGGCCCUGGCGAUACCUGUGCCGCACCCCUCCAACAUUGAGUUUCCCCUCGACAAGCAAACCUUCGUGAGCAGACACUCGCUUGACAUGAAGUUCACCUACGUUGACAGCAACGUGAAAGAAUUCUGUGGCUACAUGUCGGAGGACUUGGUGGGCCGCUCCGUGUACGAGCUGCACCACGCCCUCGACACUAACCUCAUCCAGGAGGCCUACAAGAACCUGCUGAACAAGGGUCAGGUGGAGACGAGCCGUUACCGCUUCCUGGCUCGCGGCGGUGGCUACGUGUGGCUGGUGACGCAGGCAACACUCAUACACGGGCCUCGGGAGAACAAGCCCCAAUACGUGGUCUGCCUCAAUUACGUGGUCAGUGAAGUUGAGUCCAGUGGGGAGAUCCUGUCUGAGUUCCAGCUGAUGUGUAGGAGCAACAGCAAUACCAGUAACAACAAUAACAACAAGGAAGAAGAGAUUGCCAACACCAGCAGCAAACCAAACCUGAAGUCUGCCUCAGUGAAUGCAGCAGCUUCCUCUCCUGUGGUGCAGGGCCUUCCCACUCCACCCUACUCACCAGCUCCCAAGCCCACCACACUCCAGAAGGUUGAAAGUAUCACUCCUCGUAGCACCCCCACUCUGCUGCCACCACCACCCCCCGUUGCCAGCACCUUCAAGAUCUUUGUGCCACGCACAAAGGAUAUGAACAAAGGCUUCCUUACCUUCAAUGACAAUGAUCCACACUCCACAGUGUUGAAGGACGAGCCAGACGACCUGACUCAUCUUGCUCCCUCGGUGGGCGACACCUACGUUCCUCUGCCAACACUGAUAUCCGACCUGGAGGGGGACUCAUGUAUGUCCCAAGAUGUCUCAUCAUUCAUCAUAGACGAUAUGUUAACCCUGGAUUACCCAGUGCCAGUUGUGAACACUGAUGCUGUAAUACAAAGUCCAAGUACAGACAAAGCUGAGGAUCAAAGCUUGACUCCCAAGUACUUGUAUGAAGAAAACCAGACACAAGAAGGAGUAAAGUGUGUGAAUAACUUAAGUGGUGGAAGGCUAUUGCUGAAUAGGAGCCGGUGCAACACUCCCUCACCAGACUGUAGAAGUUUACAUUCUGGUGGAUUGGGAACACCAGAGCCUCCAAAACCUUUGCUAAGUGAAGCUGCUCUUCAACCCAUCAAAAAAACAAUUUCAUUUGCUAGCAGUCAUCCCAGAAGCACCACAGAGUCUCUCUUCAUGCAGCUCGAUGAAAGCAAUUCAGGAGGCUCCUCAGAGCUGUUUGGUAAACUUGAUCUUAAGUUUGAGAACCAAAGCAUGGACUCUGAUGAAUUUGAAAUGAGAGCACCAUACAUUCCUCAAAGCAAUGAACUGCUGUUAUUCCUGGACCAUGAAGAUCUCCUCCCAGCAGCUGAGCCAGAAAUAGCCAUCUCUCCUAAAGGCCUCAGGGAUGUAAAGUCAUCAAUCAGUAGUGAUAAAGAAGACUCCAGUUUGGCUCAGCUUCUGCAAGACACAGACCCAGAUAUUGAUGGGAACAGUCCAGGAAGGAAUAUCCAGCUUGACCACUCUCCUGGGGCACCAAGAAGCCAGUAUCAGCAAAGCAAAUUCUUGGAUGGUGGGGGGAACUUUGUUGAUCCAAACAAAGUGCUGCCAGGACACUUUGCUGGAAAAGAUGAACUGGACACCCUGGGAAGUGACCCCCAGCCAUUGGACCCACCACCAGUAAUGGUUCAAGAACCAGUAGAGCCGCCACCUCCCCUGUUGGGCACAGACUCACUCCACACAUCAGGGCAGGUGAAGCGAGGCCACUCUCCACUCUCUUCACCUACACUCCACAAAAAGCUGUGUUCAUCCAAAUAUCAUCAGCCACAACAUAAGUUCCAUGAACAAAAUCAAGAUGCAGUGAGCCCACAACAAAAUGAGCAGCACGGAGGACUGCGCCUUAUAACUCCCAAUGCACCCACCAUGCAACAGUUAUUGAUCAGCAAGGACCCAAUCACUGUGCGUGGAGGCCGGCCCCCUGCUGGAGGUACCUCAUCCCCCAGGAAUUCACUCAAUGACAAGAGUCACUCAGUACUCCGGAACCUACUGAACCCCAAUGAAAUUAACAGUGCAUUACUGAAAGAGGCCCAUAGAGGUGGUCUCCCUACAACCCAUACAGCAUUUCGUCUUCCCAAAGAUAGAAUGGCCACAGUGCUAUCAGCCACUGCUGGGGGGAAGUCAGGCACCUCUCUGCUGUGUCCUACACUUAGAUUAGUGACAGGAAGUCCUGGCAGUUUGAAGCAAGCAUUCAAACUUACUUCAAAUUCAAGCAGUCACCCUGAAGGAUGCGGUAGCAGGUUGAGCCAGCGCCAGGACCCUUACUUAUUGAUGAACUCAGACACCAUCCCCACCUUGCUGGAGCUCACUCAGCAGGACUUUGAGGUCAAUGCACCAGCCAACAACAGUCUCCAGGGAGCAGAACUCCUCAUGGCUCUGGACCAAAGCAGUGAAGCACCAUUGUUUGAUGGAAAGUAAUAAUUACAGACCAUUAACGUCAACAAAAUGUGUAUGGAUGAAGUGAAAUCAAAAUAUUUUUUUAUCUCGUGUGCUCUUCAUCCACACCACUGCCACUGUCUGUGUCUCAGUGUCAGAGAAGCAAAUACUCUUGUGGUUUACUUUUUCUCAUAAUUAUGUUUUGCAAGAUGAUGUUCUUCCUUUUAUCAUCAUCACUGGUUACCCUUCAACCUCUAAGUCUUCUUGGGGUUUUAUAUUCACAGUAAAUUCUAUUUUAUUACUAACACAGUUCAGAAAUGCUGAACAUACAGAAUGGUGACAUCAAUGAAGAACUGAACUGAGGGCUAUAUUUUUUAAUAAGUCUUCAGUAUUGUUUUCAUGGAUUCCAGCUCAUUUUAGAUUUUUAACUAGCUUAUGUAUAUAUAUAUAAAUCUAAAGCUAAGUAUGAGUGUUGAUGUAAUUGAAAGGACUGUGUUCAUCAUUAUCCUUCUGAACUUCUUCAGCACAAACUCUAAAAGAAAUCACUUAAGAAGAGGGAUUACAAAUAUUUCAGACACAGAAGUGUAAACUGUAAGCUCUGUGAAUGUACAGAAAAGUUUGAAAUAUAAAAAUUAUUUUCAUUAGUCAUUACUUUUCACCAUUUGCUGUACACAUUGGGUCUUUGUUUCAUCCUGCAUUGUAGGAGAGUAAAUCAGGAUUGCUUCAGGCAGGUUCGGUCAACAAAUGUUUAUAAAGAAAAUGGGAAUCAAUUUACCAGCAUAUUCUGCAUAGUACUACCUCAUUAAGCAGUGAAAGGCAAGGAAAACAAAGAGGGCAAAAGUGGGACAUAACCUUUCAGAAUUAUUGCUCUCUCUCUCUCUCUCUCUCUCUCUCUCUCUCUCUCUCUCUCUCUCUCUCUCUCUCUCUCUCUCUCUCUCUCUCUCUCUCUCUCUCUCUCUCUCUCUCUCUCUCUCUCUCUCUCUCUCUCUCUCUCUCUCUCUCCACUUUGACAGUUUCCCACACUGCCUUAAAUAACUCAAAAACUGACACCAAAUGCUGGUGAUGUAUAUGUGCCAUAGAAUAUGUAGGAGAACAUACAUGGAUGAAACACAUGGAUUUGCAAAGAUAUGUCUUAGACAGUAAUUCUCCUACUGCAUUGCCCUCACAUGUGUAGCAGGAAUUCAAACUUGUAUAAUAUCAUAAUAAAAUGAGAGUAUUAUUGUAAAAGCAAGGAUUGUGCAUAAUUAUGAUGGUAGACAACUUUCUGUGCAGCUGCCUGAUAGCUAGACCAAGCUAAUCUUUACAUGACUGACACAAUGACUGAUCAAGCACUGCCACAUACUUUAAGGAAUUCACUUCUAUUAAUGUAGAAUAAUAGUGUUGCAAGAUUUAAUUUUCUGUUUCAUUUUUCAUUUAAACCUUAAAAAUGUGUUGUAACAAUACUCCAAUGUAGACUUCAGAAGUCUGUUUAUGAUGCUGGGAACAUAUCUUUACCUAACAAGAUGCUCUUAGAUGGUAAAAUUGAAUGUUGACAUGUUUAUUCAAUUAGUGCUGUCAUAGGAGAGUACGAUUGCUAAGUAAGAUAUGCUGGUGCAUUGAUUUUUAUAGAAAUGUGUUCAUGAGAUAAUAUAUGUAUUGGCUUGAGGCUAGAGAGGUAUUCACUUGAAAAUUUAGUCCUGAAUAUCACCUGGAGGUAUGCAAGUAGGAAAACACACCAUCAAAAUGUCCUUCUUGCACUGUAGGGAAGAUUGAGAAGAAUCAGAGGAGGAUAGUAACUAGAUGCCAUCACUAUUGUGAUGGAAAAUGGUCUUGAUCUCGUGUCAUGUUCAUUAGGGAACAGAUUUAGAACUAUAGGAACUUUAGAAGAAAGUGUAAAUGUUCAGGUUGUUAUUUCAUAAAGGAUAUUAUUUUCUGCUGGCAUCAGUUAGAAAAAUAUAUUUUUGUGUGCAGACUGUUGGCUCGUAGCACAAUGGGCACCUUCACAUACAACUUUUAAAAAACAUUGAAAUCUCAUCUAUUCAUCAAAUGUGUGGCCAGGGCCAUAACUAUGUCUUUUCUCACUCUCAAUUCUGAGGUCCAAAAUUUCAUUACUAGUAAUUUGUAAGUCACUCAAAAAACUUUUGAUCAGUGAAUUUUUAACAAAAAAUUAAAAACUGACAUGCUGUAUUCUUUAUGAUGCUUAUAGUGCAUUUAUUUUGAUCAGAGAAACAUCAUUUUCAGCUCUGUAAUCCAGAUUUAGUUAUGGCCAUGUUUGUGACACUCAAUAGCUGUAGUAAAGUACAUACAAUUUUUCUUCUCUAGAUUUUGAUGCUUAAUAAAAUAAAGAAAAUUAUAAAUUCACUCUGUGAAAAAUAGAUCACAUUUCUCUUUUGAUGAACUUAAAUAUCAGAGACUAGGAGUGAAUUUCUUUCAUAUUUUUUAUGGGAAGCUUUGAGUAACUAGCAGUGUUUUGCUAUUAAAACUAAAGAGAUCAUAUAAUUAUAAUAAUUUGUAUAAAUGUAGAUUAUUAUUUUUUAUAUAUACAUAUAUCUAGCAUUAUAUGGUAGUUCUGGUGAAAAUCUGAUGGUAGAAUAAACAUGUAUUAUUGAGUUUAUGUAAACUUGUGAGGCCAGUGGAUAGAUGGGAUUACCCUGAAAGUAUCAAACACCCUUUGUUUCAAACUCGUCAUCCCAUCACAGAGCUUAUUACAUAGUACUCUAGCUGUAAGUAGCAACAAUACAGUAUUUUACUGUAUGCUGCAUGUGAAAUACACUAACAGGUACAAAAAACCCUGAACCAAGGCAGAUUUAUAUAUAUAUAUAUAUAUAUAUAUAUAUAUAUAUAUAUAUAUAUAUAUAUAUAUAUAUAUAUAUAUAUAUAUAUAUAUAUAUAUAUAUAUAUUUUUUUUUUUUUUUUUUUUUUUUUUUUUUUUACACUGUCAAAAUUCAUUUGUCUUUGCUAAGCUACACUGCAUUAGCCUUCAAUUCAAGCACUGGUUUCACCAUACCUUACAAUUUCUGUUAUAUACUGAAUUGUAGCUUUGUAUAAAUCAUGCUACUCAACUCAUUUACAUAAAUAUUUUCAGCAUGAGACUAAAUUUGUCAUUGUUUUCAGCCUUACUUGGCUAUUCUUUGUUUAUUUUAAUUUUACCCAUACAUCAUCUUUCAUCUCAUAAAUAUGAAUUCCUGCUAAAACAUGAAAUUUGUGUCAGUGGCGGGUGAUGAAGUAGCAUAAUGCUGGGACUGUGGAACUUUCAGAUAUUGUUAGCUAUGAAUAUGAAGCUAUCUUGAUUUGCCUGACAUUGUUUGUGUAGCACAAGUAUUACACCCCAUGCAGCUCAGGAUGUGAUGCAAUGUGCCAGAUGUAUGAAAAGUUCCGCCACUGUUCCUGUUGGUUUUAUAUAUUAGCAAUAUGGUUCAUAUACAUGGAAUUUUUUUAUUAUGUACUUGAGUUGAAUCCUUUGACUUGGAUUUCUGUUAUGACACCAAUAUUAUUUUAUGAAUCUAAAUUGUCUAUCUGAAUAAUAUAGUCCCAAAUCAUCAGAUGCCUAAUCAUAGGAUAGAGAUAAGCCUUGGAUAGCCUAUAUACAUAUGUACAUACAUACUGACAUUUUUAAUAGUUACUCCAUCACAUUUCUCUCAGUUUCAGUAUAUUUAAGUUUCACAUAUUCUCAUAUAAAAUUAAAGGUAAAAGAAGAGCUGUGUAGAGCACAGCAACGUAAGAAAGUGAAAGCAGUUUUCUCUAAUGGGAAAAUCUUUCUGCAAAAGAAGAAUAGAUCCCAAGAUGAAGGCAGACACUGUGAAAUUGUGCCCGCUUCAUCCCACCCCCACCCCUAUCUUCAGGAUGCCGUCCCAACCAUACCAGGAAUGUCAGAUGCUUAGUUGUGUGUGUCAAGGAAAGUCAUGCACUAGCACUGCUGAUUAUAAAGCAAACAGAGGAAUUGCUCAUGAAGCCCUACUUACAUAUAUGGCUCCAGGAAAUGUUUGCCUACCAUGACAAAGGACUGAAAUCUAACAGAGCUGAAAAUGAAAGUAUUGAAGUGAAUGUGUUUCAUAAUUGUGUGCCUCUCCUAGCCUCAGUGAACAGGAUGGGUGAGGACGUUAGUUCAUAACAAAAGCUGACCACCUUAAUUUUGUAUCAAAACACCUGAAAAGGUAUGGUAUGACCAUGUAAGUGUCAGAAACAUUAUGUAAGAGUGCUUCACUUUCAUUUACAAUAACCAUAUAUUUGUUUUAUUGUAACUGUGUUUGGUCACUCUACAAAAUCAAGUACAAUGUUGGUUGAUAUAUAUACAUAUACAGAGUCUCCCAGUAGGAAAGUCAUAUAUUCUCAGAAAUGAAAGAUCAAGUCAUUCUAAGUCAGAAAUAUUCUCUGCUCAAAUGCUUUUUACACCAUGAUUUAGAAGUUACAGACAUUUAAAUAUGAACACACAUCAGCAACAAGUGGCUGCACACAGGCCAUCCGCCAACAUCCAGCCAUGUGGCGUUCAUUAUGUUUUAACUAUUAUUUGACACAAUAAUACACUGCAUUCUUGAAUUCAGUUAUAUCUUUAUUUAUGAAAAUCUUGAUCUGUAAUCAAGUAAUAUCCUCAUGAUGCCAACGCCCACCAUUGCUGCUCUCUUACACCCAUCAUCCCCUUGCUAGUUCUUAGCAUGAUCGUAUUUUAAAUGUUGUAACUUCUAAACCAAGGCAUUAAAAACAUUUGGCCAUAGAAUAUUUCCAGCCUAGAAUGACUAUCUUUCAUUUCUGAGAAUAUACGAUUUUUCUCUCAGGGUAUCCUGUACGUAACAACUGAUUUUCAAAUAGGGUUUGAGCAAAAGAGUUCUAGAAGAUUAAUUGGUCAUUGGAAUUAUGUUUUAGGGGACUGAUGCACAUAUUGUAGGGAAUUUGGCAGAAUAUAUAUAUAGUGUUAUUAUUUAGUUUUUGAUUAUGUAUUGUAGUAUUGUUUUAGACAAGAAAAAUUACAUCUAGCAGGGCAGGCAACAGAUAGGCUCCUCUAGACUAAAUUCAUCUUCAUUUUUCUCUUUUUUUAUAUAUUUUUUUUUAUUUAUUUAUUUAACUUUAUUUUAUGUAAUCCACAAGACCUCAUGCCAUUCUUUUUCAUCAGGCAAUUUGAUGUGCAUGCCUGUAAACUAUAUAUAUAUUUUGUUUACACAUCUUUAUUUUUAAUAUGUUGUUACCAGUGCUCAUACAUAUGUAUUAAUUUGAUCCCUGCCAAUCAGAUGACCACCAAUUGCCAUUAUAUCCAUAUAUGUAUUUUCCCAGCCAGUACAUUGAGUACUGUAGGUUAAGUCUUUUCAUUUAAUGGCUAUGUAGGAGCCAAAGAACACUGUAGCCUCCCAAUUGACUGUGUUGAAGGUGGCGGAUGUUUAUGUGCUAGUGUUAAUAAGAUCAGUAAUGCAUGGUAUUUUUAUUU